AUGGGAGAUGUGAAGCUGGUGGCUUCGACACACGUUUCCAAAACCACCCUUAGCUUGGAUCCCUCGAGAGUCGGCUCCAUGCCCCUGACAGAGGCCCCUGCUUUCAUUGUGCCCCCUCGGAAUCUCUGCGUGAGAGAAGGAGCCACAGCCAAGUUUGAAGGGAGGGUCCGAGGUUAUCCUGAACCGCAGGUGACGUGGCAUAGAAAUGGGCAACGCAUUACCAGCGGGGGCCGCUUCCUGGUGGACUGUGGUAUCCGGGGCACUUUCAGCCUUGUCAUCCACACUGUCCAUGAGGAGGACAAAGGAAAAUAUACCUGUGAAGCCACCAAUGGGAGUGGAGCCCGCCAGGUGACAGUGGAAUUAACAGUAGAAGGAGGAUUUGGGAAGAGACCUGGUCCACCUGCUUCCAAAUCCUUGGGGGACAGGUUUGCCAUCCCUGCAGUGGAGACCCGCCCUAGCAUCUGGGGCGAGUGCCCGCCAAAGUUUGCUACCAAACUAGGCCGAGUGGUGGUCAAAGAAGGACAGAUGGGACGAUUCUCCUGCAAGAUCACUGGCCGGCCCCAACCACAGGUUACCUGGCUCAAGGGAGAGGUUCCUCUGCAGCCAAGUGCCCGUGUGUCCAUGUCUGAGAAGAAUGGAGCACAGAUACUGGAAAUCCAGGAAGUCAGCCAGGAAGAUGUGGGCGUGUACACGUGCAUGGUAGUCAAUGGGUCAGGCAAGGCCUCCAUGUCUGCUGAGCUUUCCAUCCAAGGCUUGGACAACAUCAACAGGUCAUCUGUGAGAGGCACACAGGCUGCCAGUGCAGACGUCAGGAGGGAAGUAACCAAUGGACUUGCAGAGGGAUCCAAACGGAGCAGCCUAGAGACUGCGACCAGAAGUCAGGACUGUUCCAGAACCCAGAAGGAUGCCUCCCCUGCCUGGGCCACCAACAGCCAACCUCAGCCCUUGAGGGAGUCCAAAGUGGAGUCACCGGGGGACUCCCCCAGAAAAGUCCUGAAGGCCCCUGUCCUUCAGAUGACUUCCAGCACUAUCACCCUGCAGGCAGCAAAAACCCAGUCCAAGCAGAGCACCCCAGCCUCAGGGGCCCUCACACCCCCCAGAGAAGAGCGGAAGAGGCCAGCAGUGUCCCUUCCAGCCACCCACCACUCAAGAGAGUCUGAUCUCCAGAACCAACAACAUGUGAGCAAGGUUGCUGCCAGGAAGGUCCCCUUGGAGAGCUGGAGGGAGUCAGCAGUCCCCAAAUUUGAGAGCAAACCCCAGAGCCAGGAAGUGAGCGAGGAUCAAAGAGUCACAUUCAGAUGUGAGGUUUCAGGGGUCCCAAAGCCAGAAGUGACUUGGUUCCUGGACGGUGUGCCCAUCAAGAGGCGAGAAGGCACCAUUGAGGUUUAUGAAGAUGCUGGCUCCCACUUUCUCUGUCUGCUGAGAGCCCGCGUGAGGGACAGUGGGAAAUACAGCUGUACAGCCUCCAGCGUCCGAGGUCAGGUGUCCUGCAGCUGGACCCUCCUGGUGAAAAGGCCUACCAUGACGGGGGUGGCUCCCUCCUUCUCCAGUGUUCUGAAGGAUUGCACUGUCAUUGAGGGCCAGGACUUCAUGCUGAAGUGCUCUGUACAGGGGACCCCGGUGCCCCAAAUCACUUGGCUGCUGAAUGGGCAGCCCAUCCAGUUUGCCCACUCCACCUGUGAGGCCGGUGUGGCCGAGCUCCGCAUCCAGGACGCCCUGCCAGAGGAUGAUGGCACCUACACCUGCCUGGCGGAGAACAGCUCGGGACAGGCGUCCUGUAGUGCCCACGUCACCGUCCACGAGAAGAAGAGUGACCGGAAGAGUGAGUUCCUUCUCCCCGUGGCUCCCAGCAAGCCUGUUGCGCCCAUCUUCCUGCAGGGCCUCUCCGAUCUCAAAGUCAUGGACGGAAGCCAGGUCACCAUGACGGUCCAGGUGUCAGGGAAACCACCUCCUGAGGUCAUCUGGCUUCACAAUGGGAAGGAGAUCCAAGAGUCAGAGGACUUCCACUUUGAACAGCAAGGCUCCCGGCACAGUCUCUGUAUCCAGGAGGUGUUCCCAGAGGACACGGGCACGUACACCUGUGAGGCCUGGAACAGUGCGGGAGAGGUCCGCACCCAGGCCGUGCUCACGGUGCAAGAGCCUCACGAUGGUACCCAGCCCUGGUUCAUCAGCAAGCCCCGCUCAGUGACAGCCAGCUUGGGCCAGAGUGUCCUCAUGUCCUGCGCCAUUGCUGGUGACCCCUUCCCCACCGUGCACUGGCUCCGAGACGGCAAAGCCCUCUCCAAAGACAGUGGCCACUAUGAGGUGCUGCAGAACGAGGAUGUGUUUACUCUGAUUCUGAAGAAUGUGCAGCCUCGGCACGCCGGACAGUAUGAGAUCCUGCUCAAGAACCGAGUUGGCGAAUGCAGUUGCCAGGUGUCGCUGAUGCUGGAGAACAGCCCAGCCAGAGCCCCUGCAUGGGGGAGGGAGCCUGCCAGCUGUGGUGCAGAUGGUAGUGGUGGUGGUGACUGCUAUGGACCCCUGAGGCCAGCGAGAGGAGGGCAGGGCUGGCCAGAGGAGGAGGACAGUGAGGACGUGCGGGGGGUGCUGAAGAGGCGCGUGGAGACGCGGCAGCACACGGAGGAGGCCAUCCGACAGCAGGAGGUGGAGCAGCUGGACUUCCGUGACCUCUUAGGGAAGAAGGUUAGUACCAGGACUGUGUCAGAAGACGACCUGAAGGAGAUCCCAGCCGAGCAGAUGGAUUUCCGCGCCAACCUGCAGCGGCAGGUGAAGCCAAAGACCGUGUCCGAGGAAGAGAGGAAGGUGCACAGUCCCCAACAGGUGGACUUCCGCUCGGUCUUGGCCAAGAAGGGGACACCCAAGACUCCAGUACCUGAGAAGGUGCCACCUCCCAAACCUGCCACCCCAGAUUUCCGCUCGGUGCUGGGCAGCAAGAAGAAAUUGCCAGCAGAGAAUGGUGGCAGUGGUGCUGAAAACUUGAAUGCUAAAGGAGUGGACAGCCCCAAGCCAGUGGGCAAUGCACAGCCCGCAGAAACCCUGAAACCCAUGGGCAAUGCCAAGCCAGCCGAGAUCCUGAAACCUGUGGGCAAUGCCAAGCCAGCCGAGAUCCUGAAACCUGUGGGCAAUGCCAAGCCAGCCGAGACCCUGAAGUCUGUGGGUGGGAAAGAAGACCUCAAGGAGGAUGUUAAGAAUGACGUGAUGUGUAAGAAGGGGCACACAGUGGCCUCAGAGAGCGAGAAACGACCAGAGAGCCAUGGGGCAGCCCCAACCUUCAAGGAGAAGCUGCAGGACAUCCAUGUGGCAGAGGGUGAGAAGCUGCUCCUCCAGUGCCAGGUGACCUCUGACCCCCCGGCCACCAUCACCUGGACGCUGAAUGGAAAGACACUCAAGACCACCAGGUUCAUCAUCCUCUCCCAAGAAGGCUCACUGUGCUCCGUGUCUAUCGAGAAGGCCCUGCCCGAGGACAGAGGCUUAUACAAGUGUGUGGCCAAGAACAGCGCCGGCCAGGCUGAGUGCUCCUGCCAAGUCACCGUGGACGAUGCUCCCGCCAAUGAGAAUGCCAAGGCCCCAGAGCUGAAAUCCCGUCGACCUAGGAGUUCCCUUCCCACUGUGCUUGGAACAGAGAGUGAUGCUACUGUGAAAAAGAAACCUACCCCCAAGACGCCUCCAAAAGCAGCCAUGCCGCCUCAGAUCACCCAGUUCCCAGAGGACCAAAAGGUGCGCGCUGGAGAGUCUGUGGAGCUGUUUGGCAAAGUGACAGGCACCCAGCCCAUCACCUGUACCUGGAUGAAGUUCCGGAAGAAGAUCCAGGAGAGCGAGCAAAUCAAGGUGGAGAACAGUGAGAGCGGCAGCAAGCUCACCAUCCUGGCCGCUCGCCAGGAGCACUGUGGUUGCUACACCCUGCUGGUGGAGAACAAGCUGGGCAGCAGGCAGGCCCAGGUCAACCUCACGGUGGUGGAUAAGCCAGACCCCCCAGCUGGCACACCGUGCGCUUCUGAUAUCCGGAGCUCCUCGCUGACGCUGUCCUGGUACGGCUCCUCGUAUGACGGCGGCAGUGCCGUGCAGUCCUACAGCGUGGAGAUCUGGGACUCAGUGGACAAGCUGUGGAAGGAUCUGGCCACAUGCCGCAGCACCUCCUUUAAUGUCCAGGACCUGCUGCCUGACCGCGAGUAUAAAUUCCGUGUGCGUGCCAUCAACGUGUAUGGGACCAGUGAGCCGAGCCAGGAGUCAGAACUCACAACAGUGGGAGAGAAGCCUGAGGAGCCGAAGGAUGAAGUGGAGGUGUCAGAUGAUGAUGAGAAGGAGCCUGAGGUGGAUUACCGGUCAGUGACGGUUAAUACUGAACAAAAAGUGUCUGACUUCUACGACAUCGAGGAGAGACUAGGAUCUGGGAAAUUUGGACAAGUGUUUCGACUUGUAGAAAAGAAAACUGGAAAAAUCUGGGCAGGGAAAUUCUUCAAGGCGUAUUCGGCAAAGGAGAAAGAGAACAUCCGGCAGGAGAUUAGCAUCAUGAAUUGCCUGCACCACCCCAAGCUGGUCCAGUGUGUGGAUGCCUUUGAAGAGAAGGCCAACAUCGUCAUGGUCCUGGAGAUCGUGUCAGGGGGGGAGCUGUUUGAGCGCAUCAUUGACGAGGACUUCGAGCUGACAGAGCGUGAGUGCAUCAAGUACAUGAAGCAGAUCUCGGAGGGCGUGGAGUACAUCCACAAGCAGGGCAUCGUCCACCUGGACCUCAAGCCCGAGAACAUCAUGUGUGUCAACAAGACGGGCACCAGGAUCAAGCUCAUUGACUUCGGGCUGGCCAGAAGGCUGGAGAAUGCAGGGUCUCUGAAGGUCCUCUUUGGCACCCCGGAGUUUGUGGCGCCUGAAGUGAUAAACUACGAGCCCAUUGGCUAUGCCACGGACAUGUGGAGCAUUGGAGUCAUCUGCUAUAUCCUGGUCAGUGGACUUUCCCCCUUCAUGGGUGACAAUGAUAACGAAACCUUAGCCAACGUUACCUCAGCCACCUGGGACUUCGACGAUGAGGCCUUCGAUGAGAUCUCUGAUGAUGCCAAAGAUUUUAUCAGCAACUUACUGAAGAAAGACAUGAAGAACCGCCUGAACUGUACCCAGUGCCUUCAGCAUCCAUGGCUGAUGAAAGACACCAAGAACAUGGAAGCCAAGAAGCUGUCCAAGGACCGGAUGAAGAAGUACAUGGCACGAAGAAAAUGGCAGAAAACGGGCAAUGCUGUGAGAGCCAUCGGAAGACUGUCCUCUAUGGCAAUGAUCUCAGGGCUCAGUGGCAGAAAGUCCUCAACAGGGUCGCCGACCAGCCCCCUCAAUGCCGAGAAGCUGGAAUCUGAAGAGGAUGUCUCCCAAGCUUUUCUGGAGGCGGUUGCUGAGGAAAAGCCCCACGUAAAACCCUAUUUCUCUAAGACCAUCCGGGAUUUAGAAGUUGUGGAGGGAAGUGCUGCUAGAUUUGACUGUAAGAUCGAAGGCUACCCAGACCCUGAGGUCGUCUGGUUCAAAGAUGACCAGUCCAUCAGGGAGUCCCGCCACUUCCAGAUAGACUACGAUGAGGAUGGGAACUGCUCUUUAAUUAUUAGUGAUGUUUGCGGGGAUGACGAUGCCAAGUACACCUGCAAGGCCGUCAACAGUCUUGGGGAAGUCACCUGCACCGCCGAGCUCAUUGUGGAGACCAUGGAGGAAGGGGAAGGCGAGGGAGAAGAGGAAGAAUGAAAACAGAGCCUGAGAGAAGCCAUUUCCACGUCAUAUGAAAAUGACUGUGUCUCUAAAACU